GUCCACAGAUUGCUGUUACUUGUUACUGGAGGCUCGCUGGCUUGAAUAGAGGGGAAGGAGCAGGGACAUUUUCUGUUGGUUUGGUUUAGUCUCUGUUUUAGGUAGGUGCUGUUUCCCUGGGCCUCAGGGGUGGGUCCUUUUCAGCGAUCCUACCCCUUUCUGUAGCAGAAGGGAUUCUCCAGUGCUUUGGCUCCAGGAUGAAUUCCUUCCCCUUCUCCAGGGGUAGAGGGGUUUCUUCUGUUUAUUUCCCCUAGCUACAGUGGGUCUUCAUCUGAGCCCUGAGGCAGCAGGGUUUGCUACCCUUUCUCUAGUCACUUAAGGUCUUUUUUUCUGUACGGGAGAUAGGCAAGAAGGAUCCAGGCAGGGCUUUGUGUUUUUCCCCUGGGAACUGCGGUUCCCUUCUCCCAGAUCUGCACCACAGGGGAAACUCUCUGUCCCCCUGCCCUCAGUCUUUCUUGUGAGCCUCCAGUGAAGUCAGGGGAAGAGUCUGUAAAUGGGUAAGAAUUUCCCUUAUUUCUUUGGUUCCUGAGGAUUCUAUGUUCUCAUAGAAGCUGAGAUUUGGCCUUUAGCAAUUAAGAAAAAUUUUUUUAGCCAAGGUUCUUUUUACUGGCUUGUAUGGUAUCUGGCAUCUAUUACAGGUAAGAAAGUGCUCAUGUCUCCUGUGAGGUGCCUGACUUACGUUAGACUUUGGGUUAAUUGCUUUUCCUGCAAGCUUCGUUCUCUGAUGGAUUCAAAAAAUUUGUGAUUUUGCACAUUAUCCACCUUUUAUUUGGCUUGUUUUCAGGGUGGGAAUAACAUUCUUUCCAGUUUUUUACAUCCUAAGCAGAACCCAGAAGUCCCACUUACUUAUUUGAGGAUGUGAUUUUGCUGUGGAAUUUUUGUUAGAUUACCAUUUAAAUCUGUCCCCUUUACUUCCUACCCCCAGAUUAUUUUUGUUCAUUUAUUCAUUAUUCCAUUGUACAAAAAACCUUCUGAAUCUGUGCUAUUUGCCAAGCACUGUGCUAAGUCUUGAGGAUACAGUGAUGAGUAAGUAGACAUGAUCCCUUCUCUGAUAAGCGUAUAGCUUACUGGUAAAGACCAUAUAAUUAAAGAAGUAAUUAUAAUAAAGUAUGGUAAGAGCUGUAAUAGGAGAACUAUGUGGUAGAGGCACCCAAUCUAAUCUAGAAUGAUUAGGUAAGACUUCUCAGAGAAAGAGCUAUGCUGUGGAGACCUAAAGGAUAUGCAGGAAUUAGGUGAAGAUGGUUGAGGGGCUGUGGGAGAGUAGAAUAGGUAGAGGGAAGAGAAUGUGCAGAGGCUAAGAUGUAAAAAACCCAGAAAAAUAAGAAUGAAAAGUUCCGUAUGGCUGUGUAUGGCACAUAAGGACAGAAGUGACAAGAAGUAAGACUACAGAAAUUGGUUAGAGCCAGUUUAGGAAGAGUCUUUGUAAGCCAUGUUAAAAAGUUGAUUUUAUCAUAAAAGUGAUGGGAUGUCAUUGAAAGUUUUUAGGGAAGGGAAUGUCUGAGCUGCUAAUUGUUUUAAAGUGGUCAUUCUGGGUACAAGGUGAAGAAUGAAUGGAAGGGAAGCAAAAACAGGUAGGGAGACCAUUUAGCUGGGUUAUUAUAAUAAACCAGGCAAUUGCGUGUGCUGUUUUGACCUGGAGUAGUGGCACUGGGAUUAGGGAGGACAAGCAGAUUAAAGAGAUACUCAGGAAUGAAGAUCAAUGGAACUGGUCAAGUGGUUGAAUAAUAGAGAGUGAAGGAGACCGGAGACUUGAAUUGUGGCCAGUAAAAGAGUCUUGGUAAGUUUCUGCAGAAACUCCAAGUUUUCUCUCUCCCUUGAGAGGGUGAAGAAGAAUCCUUGGUUUACUUUAAUAAUUACCACCAUUCUUGGCCCAAAGUCGAAAAUUCAUUAAGGCUUUGGGUGGAAGUAAGUGAGAAAAGGGGAAGAGGAAAAAAUAUCUAAAUAACAUGUAAUGUUGUGGUGAAAGAGUUCUCUCACCUGAACGUCUUUGAGUGUUGAGAAAAACAAGUCAGCUUUGUUCCUUUGGUUUGAAUUUUGGCCUUUUGGGAUAUAAAGAAAAUCUGUAAACUGGCUUUCUUGCCCAUUUGGAACAAAUAUAGCGUACAAAGCUAAUAUAGCUUCUUAAAUAAAGCUGUGCCAUGCAGGGAGAAACUAUAUUUAAUCACAUAAUUUCCUUGUUUUUCCCAGAUGUUUUUACUCAACAUACGGUAUGAUGGAUAUUACAUAAACCUUUGGAACCUGCAUUAGAGAGUUGAAGUCUUCUAAGACUCCCAGAGUAACGUAAGAUAGUGACCACCACCACUGAUAGCUGUGCAAGCUUUAUACAAAGCACAACUGUGUGUACCAACAGUGUUUUCAUGGUGAUGGAGGGGCAAAGGAUACUUUUCAGCAAAGGGAAAGUUAAUGAUAAACAGUCCUCAUGUGACUCAGGAUUUCAUUGGUUAAGGUGAUCAGGGUUGUGAGGGGAUUUGUAGAGCUCAUUAAGAAAAACAAUUUCCCUUUAUUUUUCUUCUCAAAAUGAUGGAGUUAAAAAAACAAAUAUGGUAUAUUAUCCCAAUGUUAAAGUUAGGCAGCUGUGAUUCAGAAAAUUAGAGUUGUUUUGUUGAGAAUAUACUAUGUGAUGCAGAGUUGUGAGCAGUUAAGAGCUUGAGUGUCAGUCAGAGCUGGGUUUGAAUUCUGACUCCUACACUUACUAGCUAGCUGUGUGACUUAGUUACCUCAUCUAUUAGAUAGGGAUAAUAAUUAUACAUACCUUAAAUUGUUAUGAAGGUUAAAUGACAUAAAGUAUAUGAACACUUAGCACAGCGCUUUAGUUAUUCACUUCUUUGGCGCAGUACGAAUUUAAAUGAUAUUGCCGUCUUUUAUGUAUGCCUACGUAUUUUUGGUGGCAGGAAAUUGUGGUUUUCAAGAAUGAACCAGGUUUGGGCAGGGAGAGUUAAUCUGGCUCUGGUUUAAUUCAGCUGUCACUAUGAGCUUGCACAUAGUAGAUUUCUUUCUAUAAAUAGAUAUGUAUCAUUUGUCACAUAUACAGGGUCAGCUUUGGUGAGAAAUGGCUAAUCAGUUGAGUCAAAGAAAUAACAUGAUGAAAAAUUCUUAAUUUAAGAAGAAACACCUGAAUUGACAUUUUUGUACUAAUUUAUUUACCAAAUAUUUAUCGAAUGCCAUUUGUGUGCCAGGAAUGGUGGUGGGCCUUUUGAAUAUAAAAAUGACAAAGCAUUCCUUGCUUUCAAGGAACUCAAGGUAAAAUUGGGACAGCCAGAGAAAUUAACAGUUUGGUAUGGCGGCAGGGAGGAAAGAAUACCCAACUUACGUUUACACAAGGAAUAUUUAUUGGAAUCCACAACAUGCAAGUAUUCUGAUAGGCAUCCGGAGGUCAUUUAGGGCUGCAUCUCAAAAGGAGCAGUCCUAAAUUAUCCUUGUCAAGUAGGUCUUCAAAUGGCCAUGGAGGGUCUUGGGUGUGGUUUCAUGGUAAGACAGACUCAGUAUAAUCCUAGAUAAGACUAGGCUCUUUGAAACUACCAGCUUGGUUGACCCACUGAUACUCCUCUGGCUUUUCACUUUCAUGGUUCAAUUAUGUCUUCUGGAGCGGCUUUUGUAGAGAUGAAAGGAGGUAGUUAGGGCUUCUGAUCUCCCAAACAUCAACUAAUUGAUGCAGUUAUUUCUGUUUUUCUCUCCCAGACGAUUGUCAGAAAUAUUAAGUGGAGGGCACUGACGCUCAUUCUUGACAUUUCAGAUUCCACUUGGUUAAAAUCUUUUUGAGAGUACCACACUAUGUGCGUAUUGCAUAGUGGUUAUGAGCACAGACACUAGAAUCAGAUUGUCUAGAUUCUAAUCCUUCCUCUGUCACAUUCUAGUUCUUUGACCUUGGGCAUAUUAUUUAACAUCCCUGUGCCUCAGUUUUCUCAUCUGUAGAAUUGGACUAGUUAAUAGUAUCACCUUGUAGGAUUGUUGGGAGGAUUAAAUGAGGAUAUUACUAUUUUGAACACAACCAGGUUUAAAUGAACAGGUGAGAUUUUGUAAGUGGCCAAAAUAGCUACCAUAAAUUGUGUACAUUAAGCUUUAUACACUUUGCUCAAAUGAGAAACACCUCAAAUCCUUACUUAGAAGCCUUUUACUCCUUAUUUUGGAUAUAAUUUGAACACACUGAAAUAUGCAGUGCCCAUUAGAUUGAGAGAGAUAGAAAUGCUGAGAGUGGCAAAAAGUGACAGGUAUUGAAGAAACAGAAAUAAUAAAAAUCAGGUACUGUAGUAAAAAUAGUAAUUUGGAAGGCAUAAUAGAGUUGUAUUUUAUAUGGAGUGAGGGCAGCCUUUCACAUUGAAUGAGGCCUUGAGGCAUCACUUUAUACACGGCCCAGUUGAGCUGCUUAAAUAGAGCUGUUAACUCCUCGUUCUGCUUCCCAUUAACAAGUCUUUCCUGCACACCUUUAAGUAAUAUCUGUGUCAGAUCCUCUAAAGGAACGUCUCCCUCCCUGGUUUAGAAGUUUUAUUUCCCUUCAGUCUGGGUAUGUUAAAGAGAAGGCCUAAAGUAAUCUCUUCCACUAUAGACUUUAAGGGCUACAAUUUAAUGUCUUUGUUCUGUUAAUAUAAAGAAUAAUAUAUAUUUUGUACAACCUGGCUUGAAUAGAAUAGGAGAAUGAACCUCCAAGCUGACAUAGGAAUUAUUUUGUGUUUUCAAGCGUGAAAUAUGUCAUUGUAUUAACCAGUGCAAGUGCAUUUACAGAAGGCGGCAUUAAGAAAACUACAGCAGAAUCAGUUGGGUUUCAUUAGCAGAUUCUAUAGUUUUUAAAAUAUGAAGCCAUUUCUCUGCUGUCCAUAUGUAUAAUUAUUCACGUUAUUGUGUAUAUUACAGGUAAGUGCUUUUGUGUUGUGUUUAGAUGGAGUAUAUUUUAAAGUGAAGCUCUUAUGCAAGGAAAGGACAUUUCUUGUUUGUUUGUUUUUUUUUAAUUUUUAUUUGCAGAUACUUUGACACUGGGAGUGUGGAAAGAUUGAAUAUAUUCCUAAUUUUGUUAUUCUACUAAAGAGUCCUGAUCAGAAAAAUUUUUGGAAAUUGGCUUAGAAAGGUUUUCUACAGAGUCUAUGCUCAUAGCAGAUUGAGGAGGUGCCAUGCAGCAAGAUACAGAGAAAUGCAGAGUUCGAGCCAGAAGGCCUGACAUGGCACUUUAUGUACCCAAAGCUCGAAGGGGUGCAGUACACUCUAAAGCAGGUGAUGAGGAAAAAAGCUAUGGCCCACCUAACUCUGUGGUGAAAGAAGAACAAAAAGAACAUUUUGUCUCUCAAAAGGAGAUGUUUAGAGACAGACCUGAGGCUCGAAGACUAGAUAUUAAUCCUGAUAGAAAGGAACAAAAUCGUAGGGAAGGAAAGAAAUCCUUGACAAAAUUAAAAAAAGAUAAAUGCCUUCAAGAAAGACAUAAAAAUAAGGUUUAUAUUAAGAGGGGAACCACAGAAUGCAAAGAAAUAUUAUCCCAAGGACAUCAGCAAAGAGUCCCAAAUCCUGAGAUUAUAUCUAGUGUGCCUUUACAAAAACAUUUUAAACCAAAAAAGGUAGAGUGUUUGGAGGUUGAAACCACAGAUGUGACAGGACAUGAGAAUUUGCUUCUAUCACAGUCUUGUUCAGAAGUCAGUGAGGCUCAGGUUCUGACCAAACCAUUCCAAAAUGUGAAACUCUGUGAUUUUAGUAGGCACGGACUAAAUGGGGGAAUGUUUGAAGACAGAGAGUUAGAAAGCAGAAUUGAAACUGAUUCCAAGGUUGUGGAGAUAGUAUCCCAGUUUCCUGGAGGUUUCAGUUCUGCAUUGAAACUUGAGGAUAUGCUUGCACCACCAAAACUAAACUCUGAUUCUGGACUUGUACAAGAAGACAUGCAAACAUCAGGUGAAAUGUUGAAGAUCAGCGAUGGAGGUAUCACUGCUAUUUCUGUUCUUGGAAGUUCAGAUAGUAUCAUUGAUCAAACUUGUGUAGACUUUGAAGUUCAGACUGUAGGUGAUAUGGACAACAGUACAUGUUUCAUCUUGAGUCAGAAAAGUAUGGAUUCCAUUCCUGAGGCUAUGGGUCAUAGCACUUAUAAAAUGCCAAUAGUCAGCAAAUUAGAGAACACAAAUGGCAUUUUUGAUCCCACAAUGAUUACAGAGUGUGAGAGGAAUGACAGCAUUGCUGAUGAAAUAUGUGUAAAGUAUGGACCUUCUGAUACAGCCACCCUUGCUCAUGAAACAUACUCAGAUAAUGGAUCUAAUAGUGUAGGUGACAUUACCAGUAAGGUGUGUGUAAUGGACGUCACAGAUGUCAUAUCUGAGAACGUAACUGUGGACAGCCCUUGUGUAGUUACAGUUAGAAUAGUUGAUGAGGCCUGUAGCAACACAAAUAGUUUCUCAAAACAUACAGAGAUGAGUGCAGACACAGCCCCUCUUCAUGUAGCUAAAAGUGGAAAUAACACUGAAAAUUCCAACAACCUGACUGAUUGCUCAGAUAUUUAUGCUGAGAGUAUUCCAUCUAGUUUCACAGAGUCAACAGGAAAGUUGAUAGAGAGCUUAUCAGAUUGUGCGUCCUCCUUACCUAUAAAGAAGAUUGCUGGUAUUAAUUAUAACACUUGUUUGGACUCUGAACUCAGUAUGUUAAACUGGACAAAAGUACUUUCAGACAGUGCCUUGGGCAAAGAUCUGGAUUGUGCUGGUCAUAUCACAGAAACAUUGCAUGAACUAAGAACUGCUGAAGAGUUUAAAACAAAAGAGGAAGAUGACUCAGAGAAUAUAACAUUUGAUGUGUCCUUUCCUGAUGUGGAAUCAGUAUCUGUGGAAACAUCCAUGGAACCGAAAGCAACUGAAACUUCUUACAUGGAAGGAAGUACUGAUACCGAGGAGAGCUGGGAGUCUAUGUUUAAUGAUGAUGGUGACUGCCUGGAUCCACGUCUUCUACAAGAGUUGUCAGGGAAUGUGAAGAGCAGAGAAGGUAUCCAGGAACCUAGAUUUGAUUAUUACAACCAUGAAGUUCCUGACAUUGACCUCAGUGAUUGUGAAUUCCCACAUGUCAUUGAAAUUUAUGACUUCCCCCAAGAAUUUCGUACUGAAGACCUUCUACGAGUUUUCUGCAGUUAUCAAAAGAAAGGAUUUGAUAUUAAAUGGGUAGAUGAUACACAUGCCCUAGGAAUAUUCUCCAGUCCAGUUACAGAAUUCCUCCAGCCAGCAAAGGAGCGUCCUGAGACUUCAGCAGCCCUAGCUAGAAGGUUAGUUAUCAGUGCCCUUGGAGUUCGAAGUAAGCAGAGUAAAACAGAACGGGAAGCAGAACUCAAGAAACUGCAAGAAGCCCGGGAGAGAAAGCGGUUGGAAGCCAAGCAACGGGAAGACAUCUGGGAAGGCAGAGACCAAUCUGCUGUUUGAACAUCACUCAACGAAAGGGAUAAUUCUGUGAAUUCAGAAAAUGUUUCCCAUAGUCUUCAGAUAAGAGGAUCCUUCCAGAGUUCUGUGUACAUGCAGAUGUGCAUGUUAAUGAAGCAAAGAGGUAAAGCGAUCACAACAAGGACUCAGUGGGUAUAGAAAGAAGAUAGACUUCUGUCUGUCUUCACUCCUAAAUGCAGUGCUUUGGAAUCACCCUACUGUGAUGGGCACAGAAGAGACCAUCAACCAGGAAGAAACUUGGAAGGUGUGACUUCCAAGAGUUCCCUAGGCAGGGGUAGUUACGUUAGCCGGGUCACACUUCCAGUGUGUUUUAAGGAAAUACCAAACAGAACAGAGGAUUCAACCCCGCAAUGAUGGGAAACUGAGGCCCUGCAAAGGCAGGGCAUUCCUUGGUACCUCACAGAACAGCAGUGUUGAGGGGAGGGAAGUAGUCAGUACAUAGAGACAGAACAGUGUCUGGUGUACUUGGCAUAAACAGAAUCUAAACUGCCAGUUCCAGAACUCCAAAAUUGGUGAAGUGCAGCAGAUGUGGGUAUUUGGACUCCAGAGUUUGUACUGAGCUGAGUGCCUGGGGCUCCUCCAGCUACACAGCAUCAAGGGGACAUAGCAGCUUCAUUCCUGGGAGCUGUGUGCCAGUUCCAGUUUAGGCAGUAAUACCGUGUUGUGAGAGGGAGACAUUAAAGCCCGUUGUAUGACAUGUGUCACUCUGGUGUUUGUCAGUUUUUUCAUUCUCACAAAGAAAUAGGAGACCAGCUCUCCUCUUAAUAGUUACAGUGCUGUGCGUGGGUUAAGUCGAUCUGUUGCUUUAUAGAACCCACUGAGCAGAGAGCUGAUUAUCUCUCUGUCCUGAGAUCUGCUACAAAAGUGACUAUCCUGGGUUUGUCAGGCAUUGAUAUGUAGUAGCUUCUCUCCCCUUCCUGUCUUCCUGUGCCCCCCACCCCAACCUCUUGACUUUUCCCAUUUCUGUCAAAUCUGACAUCCUGCAGAAAGCAUCUGGCACACUGCAUGUUCUUGGGAUGAUCUUUUCAGCCCGUGCCAGAGGCACUUGGCAAGGAGCACCAAACCAUCCAUUACAAUGAAGAGCAGCCAGGAUAAAAUAAACACCUCUGGGCAGUGAGAGAUUUCCUAAAGGACAUGAACAAGUCAGAGCCAUUAACUCGGGCCUUAUCCAUCUCAUAUCUGCAUUCUCAGUAUUUUCGGAAAGCAGUUUUGCACUGAAGAAAUGGUAAUGCUAGACCUUAAGAUG